AUGGUCAGGCACGUCACAGUUAUCGGCGCCACAGGUAUCCAGGGCGGCUCUGUCAUUAGAGCUCUGGUGAAAGACGGCGCCUACUCACUUACAGCCAUCACCCGAAAUAGUUCAAGCGAUGCAGCUCGAAAACUCGCUUCAGAGGGAAUUCGUGUUAUUGAGGCUAAUCUCGACGAUAUUGCCUCACUUAAGGUAGCGUUUGCUGGCACAUCCAUCAUAUUUGCCGCAACCAACUUCUUUGAGCCGUUCAUCAAUUCCGGCAACGAACAGGCUGUCGAAAUCGAGACAACUCAGGGGAUCAACAUUGCUAAAGCUGCAAGUGCGACACUAGCACUGGAACACUUCAUUUGGUCUACCCUCCCUAAUACUUGUCGUAUCAGCGAUGGCAAGUUCGCGGUUCCUCAUUACGUGAGCAAGAACAAGGUCAACGACUUUAUCAAAGCGGACUCAACGCUGAUCAAGAAGACGACAUUUUUAUGGGUCUCUGUUUACGCUUCAAAUAUGAACUACCCAUUCUACCAACCAUUUCCUGUUCCAACAGCGGCUGGCAAGAACAGGUACAUCCAGCUCCAACCUGUUGGAAGGAACAGUAUCAGUUAUAGUUUGUUAGUAAACCUUAUUAGCGAGUAUAGAUUGUAUUAA